AUGGGCAAACCAAAGUACCUCAAAAAGAAGCAGGCCGCCGCCGCCGCCGCGGACGCGGGCUCCGAGGAUGGCGCGGACAGGGAUAUGAACGACAGCACUGCCAUCACAAACGGUUCGACGACGACAGCUGAGAACGUGCCUGCCAAGAAGACGGCAGUUGGCGAGGCGGAGCCACAGAGCUCCGGCGCCAUGGUGUCCUUUGCCGACCCCGUCUACCGUCAAGGUGUGAACGACAUCCUCGUCGAAAAGAUUGACAUCAGCUACCAGGGCAACGCCAUCCUAGAGAACGCGACACUCAACCUGGUGAGCGGGCACCGCUACGGUCUCGUGGGUCCGAACGGGUGCGGCAAGUCGACGCUGCUGCGGGUGCUGGGCUGCCAUGAGAUUCCCUUCCCGUCACACGUGGACCGCUACUACGUUUCCCAGGAGGUGGAGGCGUCCGACAUGCCCGCGCUGGACGCCGUGCUCGCCGUCGACAAGGAGCGCGAGAAUCUCGAGGCAGAGAUGGAGGACCUGGCGCUCGGCGAUCAGGAGGACCCGCGCGUGCUGAGUCGUCUGGAUGACAUCUACAAGCGACUCGACGAACUCGACGCCGACACGGCGGCCGCGCGCGCUGGCAAGAUUCUGUUCGGUCUCGGCUUUACGAAGGAGAUGCAGCGACGCCCGACGAAGGCCUUCUCUGGUGGCUGGCGAAUGCGCAUCUCGCUGGCACAGGCGCUGUUCAUCAACCCAACUGUGCUGCUGCUGGAUGAGCCGACGAACCACCUCGAUAUUGAGGCGGUUGUCUGGCUGGAGAAUUACCUCAGCAAGUUCAAGAAAACGCUCUUCAUGGUGUCGCACUCGCAGGACUUCAUGAAUAACAUUUGCACCGACAUUUGCCACAUGCACCUGAAGAAGCUGAACUGCUACGACGGCAACUACGAUCAGUACUGCACCACCCGCGAAGAGAAGGAGAGCAACCAGAUGAAGAAGUACCAGUGGGAGCAGAACCAGAUCAAGAACAUGAAGGAGUACAUUGCUCGCUUCGGCCACGGUAGUGCCAAGCUCGCGCGUCAGGCGCAGUCCAAGGAGAAAACGCUGGCGAAGAUGACCCGUGGCGGCCUCACAGACGCGGUCGUCAAGGACAGUCGCAUCAACUUCGACUUCCCGUGCGCCGGCCCGCUUCCGCCACCAAUGCUGCAGUUCCGAGAGGUCUCGUUCAACUACCCGGGCCGCCCGUCCCUCUUCCAGAACCUCGACCUCGGCGUCAACAUGGACUCUCGCAUAUGCCUCGUCGGCCCCAACGGUGCUGGUAAGACGACCCUGACGAAGCUCAUGUGCCGCGAGCUGGAACCGACCACCGGGUACGUGGCAAAGAACGCGCACUGCGUGAUGGCCCGCUUCCAUCAGCACUUUGUGGACCAGAUUAAUAUGGAUCUGACACCGCUGGAGUGGAUGCUACAGGAAUACCCGGAGGUGACACAGCCGCCCAUCCUGCGCAGUGCCCUAGGUCGCUUUGGCGUGUCUGGCAAGGCUCAGAUGACACCGAUGAAGAUGCUCUCCGACGGACAGAAGUCGCGUGUGGUCUUCGCGUGGAUAGCCUACAAGCGCCCACAUUUUAUCAUCCUCGAUGAGCCGACAAACCACCUGGAUAUCGAGUCCAUCGACGCCCUCGCGGACGCCAUCAACAGCUUCGAGGGUGCCGUCGUGGUCGUCUCGCACGACCUGCGGCUCCUGGCGCAAAUUGCGGAUGAAAUCUGGAUUGUUGAGAAGGGCGAGGCGAAGCGGUUCAAUGGCGACAUUGCCGACUACAAGGAGCACGUGCAAAAUGAGGUGAACCGUAUGAUGCAGAGCUACGCGGCCUCCCUGUAA